GAGAGGGAGUAAUUUUUUGCGAAUAGCCUCUCACCUUUGUAUCUUCAGACCGUACUUUUAACGGCUCGAGCUCUUUUCCCACUGAGAUUUUGAAUGAGCCGCAGGCAUAGAUAAAGAUCCUUCUCUUCUUCCUUGGACUUCAAAAAAGGUAGCGCUUUCUCCGAUUUCAUUCUCGAUCGUUUGAUCCCUUAAUCCCCACAGUUAAUUAUCGUUGUUGUUGAUCUGUGGAAGUGGAUGGUGGAGUUUAAGUUCUUAAAUUUUUUCUCAAUUUUAGUUUUGCUUUUUAAAAUCUGUUUACAGUUUACGUGAAGUAUGGAAUCAUGUUCCCAGAAUCUUUUGUCAUUAAGAUUUAAGGCAUUUCAAUAAAUUGAUAUGGUCUUUUUAGCAUUCUGAUUUGAAAGACAUUUCAGGUCGGCCUUUUAAUUUUUAUGCAACGAGGUUCAAUUCAUGCUAGCCAAGCUCUGUGAAUUCGUACUUGCCAAGAAAGUCCUGUUAUAGUUAUAAGUCUUAUAACUUUGAAAUUCUAGCUUAAAUCAUAAGGAAAGUUUCCGAAGUAAACAUGUUUUGAAAUUCCAAAAUAAUAAGAGUAACAUGGUAAUAUUUCGAGGAGAAAAACAUAACAGACAUAUUUUGGAAUUCCAAAACCUAUUUACUCCUAUUUAGAAUCAAUUUCCCUGAAUAUCCUAAAUCAUUCAAUUUGGUAUGAUGAGUUCCUAAAGAUGAAACCGCAAUUAAGUGCAACUUUCAUAUGUUAUUGACACAAUAAUUUACAUAUCUCUUGAUAGUCCGGGAUUGAUAUGACUAAUAAUGUGAGUUUAAAAAAAAGAAACGUGCUGGGAAUUCAGAUUACCAGUGCUCAGAUUACCAAAACUAAUAAUAUAGUUUUGGCUGAAUUUCAAAUGGUAUCAUAAAGUGACGAUAAAAUGUAUAUUAUGUACUCAUGUAAUUCAAUUCAAUAGCUGGACACCAAAAUGCAUUGAUACUUCUAAUUAUAGCAUCAUUUAUGUUAACUACUGGUUGCUUAAUUUGUUUUAGUUUGGUGUGUUUAAAUCCAAUUCCAUAUGAUAUAAUGAAGCCUGACUUUUAAAUUUGGCCUAGUAUGGUCUUUUUAAUCGUGAUACAGUUUGGUCUAUUUAGAUUUGGUGUAGUUCUUUUACGUCUUGUCCUAUUUAAUUUGUGUUUAAUUGGUUACAUUUUGGCCAUUGGGUAAAACUGCUCAGUGACGGUUGUUAAUUGUGUUUGUAACAUUUUUGUCCUACAAAUAUAAAUUAUAAUUUUUACAAUGAGUAGUUAAUUAGAUUAUUUCAAGGAAAAACAGAUCCAUUUUUCUUUUAUGAUUUUUUUUUCUUUUGUAUAAUCUCAUUACAUGAUUAUAUACUACUCCAUACAUCCCUCAAUUAAAUUUCCAGUUUGAAAUCAUGGAAUUUUAGCGAGCAUCACUUUUUAUUGACUUUUCAAAUAUGUCUUUCUUCAAAAGUAAGAUAGAGAAAAUUAAUAUGUACUCCGAAGUAAUUACGUAUAUACUUUACAUAGGGGUUAAAGAGUAUUUUACCAUCCAAAUAGUACCACAAUGAGAAGCGAUUUAAUGAGAAUUUAAUUGCAUGCGGGAUAGACGGAGUUUAACACACCGGUUCAUCUAUUUUGGAUUUUGUAGGAGUUUCAACUAUCAAGCUCAUGGAAAAUUGGAACUUGAAUAUAGUUAACUAAGAGUUUUAAUGAGCUGGUGUUUGAACAAUCUUUUCUAGUUGCAAAUUUGCGUGGUAGUAUAGAACCAAGACAUUGGAAUAUUACAAUGAAACAUAUCCUUUCAUUUUCUUGCCUUUUUAUUUGUUGCUUUAUCAAACCUAUAUUUUUUUCCCAUAUGAGGUGACACAAGAUGGCAGAAGCAUUUGACUUUAAACCAAUCAUCUUUGACAAUGGGUCAAGACUGACCAAGGUACUCAUAGAGGUUUUCCUUUUGGUACAAGUAGUUAUUUCCAAUAACAAUGGUUCAAUUUCAAGGCUGGAUUUGCUGGAGAUGAUGUUCCACCAAUUGUUUUCCCAAGCAUUGCUGGUAGGCCCCGUCAUACAGCUGUGAUGAUCGGUGCUGGUCAACAUGAUGUAUAUGUAGGAGAUGAAGCUAAGUGUAGGAAAGGAAUGUUAAUGUUGAGUUACCCAACAGAGCAUGGUAUUGUUACCAAAUGGGAUGCCAUGGAGACAUUGUGGCAUCACACAUUUUAUAAUUCCCUUUGUGUUGCUCCAGAAGAGCACCCCGUGCUCCUAACCGAACCCCCUCUGAACCCGAAGGCUAAUCGUGAAAAAAUGACAGAGAUCAUGUUUGAGACAUUCCAUACCCCUGCCAUGUAUGUUGCUAUUCAGGCUGUUCUUGCCAUGUAUGUAAGUGGCCGUACCACUGGGUGGCGAGAAACUUUUUGGGACAUUAAGGAAAAGCUUGCUUACAUAGCACAUGACUUUGAGCAGGAGUUGGAGACCCGGAGACCUCAAAAUCAAGCUCUAGGGCAGAAAAGAGCUAUGAGCUUCCUAAUGGGAGAAAGAUCCCUAUGGGUGCUGAGCUGUUUCGUUGUACUGAAGCGCUUUUCCAGCCUUCAAUGAUUGGAAUGGAUGCUGCAGGAAUUCAUGAGAUCAUGCAAAACUCUGUGGUGAAAUGUGAUGUUAAUAUGAGGAAGGAGCUUUAUGGUAACAUUGUACUUAGUGGUGGUAAUACCAUGUUCCCUGGCAUUGCUGAUAGAAUGACCAAAGAAAUGACUGCAUUGGCCCCUAGCAACAUGAAAAUUAAGAUGGUGGCACCACCUGACAGGCAUUACAGUUCUUGGAUUGGAGGCUCCAUCUUAGCCUCUCUCAGUUCGUUCCAGCAGAUGUGGAUUACAAGGGCAGAAUACUAUGAGUACGGUUCAUCAAUUGUGCACAGGAAGUGCUUCUAAUUCUCCAAUAAACAUUGUUCCCCUUUACCUUCUCAUUUUUUGUUCACAUGGGGAAAUGAUAUUUUCAAUAUUUUGUGUUCAACAAACCGAGAGGUCACAUGUAAGUCGUGGGAGCGGCCUCUUGUCAAAUGACAAGGGAACUAUUGCCUCUUAUACAUGCUUGUGGUGGAGAUUCUUUCUAAAAAUCCCGAACCUUCUACUUGCGGGAACGCCUGUGUGCUGCAACAGGCUGCUCAGUUCUGAUGAUGAGUUACUUUUUUUGAUAGCUUAGAAGUUGCAACUAGCUAGUAUACGAAUCUCCCUUUGGUUCUGUUUUCUUUGUUGGUGAUCCAUACCAGCUUUCUUACACAUUUACCUUAUACCCAACUUUUCUAGUGCAUUUUGUUUCUCUUUUAUGGUUGGUGGGAGAGGUUUCAUCCAAAUCAUACUAUGGUACUCAUCAAAUAUCACUCUAUCAUUACAAAUAAUCUCAAUCUGCU